GGGGGUGGGGGGGGUGACACUUGGCCUUGGCUCCGGUGGAGGCCCCAGUCCGACCCCAAGGAGCCACCAGCCGCCGGGAAGGGCAGCGGGGACGCCGGGAUAGGAGCCCAAAAGAUGUCAGGGGGGAUCUUCUCACCACUGGAGGGCCUGGGCGCCCUGGAUGGACCACGAUGCCACCCGCUCGUUUGCUUCCUGUGCCACGAGCAGUACGAGCAGCCCUGCCUGCUGGACUGCUACCACAACUUCUGUGCCAGCUGCCUCAGGGGCCGCGCCAACGAUGGACGCCUCGCCUGCCCGCUGUGUGGACACCAGUCAGUGGUGAAAGGAAAUAAUGGGCUCCCACCCGUGGACCGGCUGCUCCAGUUCCUGGUGGACAGCUCAUCGGACAACGAAGAAGCAGUGCGCUGUGCCAACUGUGAUCAGGAGUGCCACAAGCAGGAUGCCGAGACCACCUAUUUCUGCAACACGUGUGGGCAGCCCCUGUGCGCCCGCUGCAGGGAUGAAACACACAAGGCCAAAAUGUUCGCCUGCCAUGACAUCGUGGCUCUGAGCAAGCGCACCAUGGACAUUCACAAGAAGUGUUCUCUGCACUCGGAGCCCUACAUCAUGUUCUCUACUGACAAGAAGUCCAUGGUCUGCAUUCGCUGCUUCCGGGACAUGCACGGGGAGAGCCGGGCACACUGCAUCGACAUCGAGACGGCCUACCUGCAAGGCUGUGAGAAGCUGGACCAGGCUGUGCUGGCCGUGAAGUCUCUGCAGGUGGCCACGCUGGAGGCCAUCGCCCUGCUGCAGGCCAUGCUGGAGGAGGUGCGGCGCAGUGCGGCAGAGGAGGAGGGUGACAUCCACGCGCUUUUCAGCAGCAUGCAGGAGAAGCUGGCAGAGAGGAAGACGCUGCUGCUGAAGGCUGUGCAGAGCCAACACGAAGAAAAGGAAAAAGCUUUCAAAGAUCAACUAUCCCACCUGGCGUCUCUGCUCCCGACGCUGCAGGUCCACCUGGUCACCUGCUCCGCCUUCCUCAGCUCGGCCAAUAAGGCGGAAUUCCUGGACCUGGGCUACGAGCUGAUGGAGCGGCUGCAGGGCAUUGUCACCCGACCUCACCGGCUGCGGCCUGCGCAGAGCAGCAAGAUCACCAGUGACCACCGCGCCGAGUUUGCCCGCUGCUUGGAGCCGCUGCUGUUGCUGAGCCCCCGCCGGGUGGCAGGGAGCGGAGGCAAUGCCACCUUACUUUCAGGGGGGCCAGGUGCGAAGACGCUAGUCAGGCCUGGCUGCCUGUCUUCCUGCGGAAAGAUGUCCGGCUCACCGGUUCGCAAGCCAACGUUGCACCGCUACAUCAGCACCAAGGUGCUGCUGGCCGAGGGUGGGGACACCCCCUUCACGGAGCACUGCCGCAACUACGAGAACGCAUACCGGUCCCUGCAGUCGGAGAUCCAGAACCUGAAGGACCAGGUGCAGGAGCUCCAUCGUGACCUCACCAAGCACCACUCUCUGAUCAAGGCCGAGAUCAUGAGUGACAUCCUACAGAAGUCCUUGCAGGUGGACAAGCAGAUCGCCUCCGAGUACAGUUCGGUGGAGAUGAUGAGGAGCAUCUUCGAGGAGACUUGGGAGGAGACAUAUCAGAGGGUGGCAAACGAACAGGAGAUUUACGAAGCCCAGCUCCAUGACCUACUCCAGCUGAAACAGGAGAACAGUUACCUGACCACCAUCACCAAGCAGAUCACACCCUAUGUCCGCUCCAUUGCCAAAGUGAAGGAGCGGCUGGAGCCCAGAUUUCAGGAACCAACAGAUGAACAGCCAGAGACUUUGCCAAAAAUUUAUGAUGACAGCCUUAUAGUCAGCGAGACCCAGCCCAGGAAUGAUCCACUACGCAGCCCUGGAGACAGAGAGAAAGUCCUGGAGUCCCGAGAGGACGGCCAGACCCUGAACACUUUCCCAGAGGAAACAUUCCUGAAAAAUAAAGAUUAUUACAAACACAAACCAAAGAGCGGGGUGACUGGCCCUAUCCAGAAAGAGUUCACAUCCUAGCAGAGAAGUCCAGGAUAAUUCAGUCUUUCUCAGCAUGUGUGCAAAUAAUAUAUUUGGAAAAACUUCCUUCCUA